GCUACUUCCAGUGGGGUGCAGUCUCUCCGAUUAGUUGGCCCCGCGAGCUGAGCAGCGACGGAUCGUUUUUCGCCCAAGAAAUACGCAUUGCAGCAAUAUGGCAGAAGUAAGACAAGCGGAUAUCGAGGAGUUGUAUAACUUUAUCCAUCCCCUUGCCAUCGAAGCCGGUGAGAUCCUCGUGGAGGGCUACGAGAUGGCCAGUAAAAACGUCUCCAUCAAAGGCGAUUUCUACGACGUGGUUACCGACUACGACAACAAGAUCGAGGACUUCUUAAUGGAGAAGAUUUUGGCCAGGUACCCGGAACACAAGUUCAUCGGUGAAGAGGCGACGGCCAAGAACAACAACGUGUCCGGGGAGCUGACGGAUGCUCCAACCUGGAUCAUAGAUCCCAUCGAUGGUACUUCUAACUUUAUCAAACAGAUUCCACACGUUUGCGUCUCAAUCGGUUUGGCGAUCAACAAACAAAUCGUGGUGGGGGUGAUCAACAAUCCUGUUCAGAAAAAGCUCUUCACAACGAAACUGGGUCAAGGCGCCUUUUGCAAUGGCAAACCCAUCCAUGUAAGCAGCUGCGAGAGCGUUAAGGAUGCCAAUGUGGCCUACGAAGUGUCCCUGCUGCAUGUCCAUUCGGUGGCGAACAAACACAUUAAAAGGAUCUACCACAUGGGACUAAAUGCCAGGCGACUUGUGGCCUACUCUUGUGUGGUGGAUGAGCUGUGCAUGGUGGCCGCUGGCAAUCUGGAUGCCUUCUACAUUGAGGACAUGUAUCCCUGGGACUGUGCCGCCGGUUCCCUGCUGGUUAAGGAGGCGGGAGGCGUGGUAACACACCCCUUUGGCGGACCAUUUGACAUUAUGAAGCCGGAUCUAAUCUGCGCCGGCACGGAAAAGUUGCGCAAGGAAAUCGAAGACCUUUUGCGCAAGGGAGACCAGGAGGAGUCCGUAGGAGGGAAGCCGGUGCAGAAGUAAUUUAAGCAAGGCAAACACGAUCUUAAUUAAAAAGCUUGGGGUCAGCUGCACUGUCAAUUGGCGCUCGAAGCUCUUCUAAUGGGGAGCUUUUAGAUAUAUUCCAGCUUUGAUCGCCGGCAGCUGUUCCACGAUACACCUAAAAAGGCGGGAAACCAAGACAGUCUCACUUGAUACUUUGAAACUCCACUUCUUAUGAUAAUACCAUAAUUUUAAGCACUAAGCUGUCAAAUAAAUCAAGAAAGAUUACCCUAAUGGAAAA